AUGGCCAGACUAGUAGCUCGCCUGUGCUCUUCUCUGACGGCGCGGCCCCAUCUCCGCGCCUGGCCCUCCUCCCACAGCAGUCCUCCCCGCGCCCAGUCGCAGCGCUGCUCCGCCCUCGAGCUGCUUCCGCCCCUCUCCACAUCCAGUGGGUGGGCCGGCCUCCCCCAGCCACUCCUCCUCUACCCGCGGCCACAUGCCUGCGCUGGCACGGUCGUCUGUGUCAUCACCCCCGCGUGCCUGCUGCUAUGGCCCGCUCCGUCAAACGCCCCGGUGCGCCAGGCCUACCCUGCUACGCCGGCGUCGCCGCCCCUCGCCGGCUCCCGCGCUCCUGCCGGCUCGCCGCCCCGCGCUGGCCGGCUUGCGCGCACGCCGACCCUCUGCCUCGCGUCGCCCCAGCCAUCGGCUCCUCCCACAACCUGGCUGCGCCGGCUCCGGCCGGCUUCGGUCCCGCCUGCUCCGGCCUCCUCCGCGCGCCCGGCCCACGACGACUCCGGGUCGCCUGCGCCGCCCGCUGGCUCGCGCCCCCGUCGUCGUCCCCCCGUGCGACGCCACCUUCGGUGUCUCGUCCGCCGCCGCCUCCCGCGCUGGCCGGCCUCUCGCGCCGCCUACCGGACUCACCCCGCUCGGCCGACUUCCGCGCUGGCCGGCUCCCCUGCCGCCCAGUGCCCGUCCGCGUCCGGACUACGCGCGCGCCUGCUCCACCUCGAGCCCGGCCGUGUCCGGCUCCCUGGUGCUACCCCACGCCCGGCCGAGUCCGGCGAGCGUCGCGCUUGGCCACCCAUCCCCGCACCAGCCGGCUCCGGGUCCCCGCCGGGUCGCCUCCACCUGCGGCCGGGUGCCCCGCACCCGCCGGCUCCGGGUCCUCGCCGGGUUACCUCCUGCGCGCUCUCACGCUGGCUCCCCCGCCCCGUGCGCCUCGCACCGCCGCCUCCAGCCGGCCGCGGCCCCGGGCCGACUCCGCCCCGCACGCGCGUGGCCCCUACCGCUCCACCGACCGCCGGCUCCGCCUCCGCCCGUGGCCGGGUCGCGUGUGCCGGCUCCGCCUGCCAACCCGGCGACCCGGCGCUCGGCCGGCUCCGCCUCGCCUACCAGCUCCACCGCGCUCGGCCGCCCCGCCACCUGCCCGCGUGCCGGCUCACCGCGCCGGCCGGCUCCCAGCCUGGGCCGCCUCGCAUCCGGCUGCCGUCGCGGCCUCGCCCCGCGCUCCUCUGCCAGCAGAAAAGAGCAGCCGGAUCCGGCUGA